CGGGUGCAAUACAAGACGGCACGGUUAAUAAUAAUUGUCUGUGAUAAGUAGAAGGAUUCCGUUGCAUGAUAUUUGAUUUCUUCCAAAGUAGAGAAAUUGACAAAACAAGAAUUAAUUCUACUUCGGUGGUAAAUUUGGCGAGAGGAAAUCAAAUCAGUAGCACUAAUUGAUUAGUGUGUUAUCAAAACAUCAGCUGAUGCGUUUGCGAUGAUUCGAAACAGUAUGAUAACACUUCGAACGGGUUCUACUGGGGCAUCGCUUUUUAAAUAGCUGAAACAUCGAUGAGUGCAUUGAGUUUCUUUUUCUUGCCCGUAUUACCUUCGAGUUUAAGUUUGGUGCAGUGUUAAAAACGUGCAGUGUAGUGCCGUGCGUAGGAGACAUCAAAACGACAUGGCUGUAUCAAAGUUUAGUGACGUUGACGAGUAUGGAUUCAAGCGGGAACCGGAUUUCGACUACCAGUCGUACGAGAAUAUCAUGUCCAGCUAUCUGUCGGUGCUCACGACACGCAGCAUGCGAUGGCAGAAGUUUCUCAAGAGUGCGGAUAUGCUAAAAAACCGAUCCAAACUGAAGAGGUUCGUGCGCAAAGGGGUGCCAGGUUCGCUACGGGAAGAAGUGUGGAUGAAAACGUCCGGUGCGCAAGAACUGCAGCAACAGCAACCAAACCUCUAUCAAACACUGCUGACAUAUGAGUUCGACCAAGAAAUAUCGGAUCAAAUCAAACUCGAUCUCCCAAGAACGUUUCCGGACAAUAUCCAUUUUGAACAGUAUCAAUUAAGUUUAUACAACGUGCUGAUUGCGUUUGCCCACCACAAUCGAACGGUUGGGUAUUGCCAGGGCCUAAACUAUAUAGCUGGUUUACUGUUGUUAGUCACUAAGAAUGAAGUGUCCUCAUUCUGGCUACUGAAAGUGGUGGUCGAGAACAUCGUACCUCUAUAUCACACCAAAACGAUGGAAAAUCUCAUCACCGAUAUUGAAGUGCUCAGUGAACUGAUCCGUCAGCGAGCCCCGGAUGUCCAUCGGCACAUCUUUGAUUUAGGACUGCCAUGGCCUGUGAUAGCAACCAAGUGGUUUAUCUGCCUGUACGCCGAAGUAGUUCCUACGGAGACCGUGCUCCGGAUAUGGGACUGCCUGUUUCUGGAGGGUAACAAAAUUCUGCUUCGCGUUGGACUUACGACAGUGGUGCGCCUGCGACAAGAUUUGCUAGCGACAGAUGAUAUCUCGACACUGAUUGGACUGUUCCGUUCGUUGGAAAAAUCGCACGUACUCAUGGAUUGUCACGAGUUCAUGAAAAGCAUCUUCAAGGUGCCGGGUAAUCUGCGCCGUUCACAACUAGAUGCACUUCGGCAGCGAUUCUACAGUGAACGGAUGGCCAGCAAGAGCAAAGUUUCCUAGGGGUUGGAGAGCUAUAUUCAGAAGAGAUACAGACUGAAUAUAGUGUAGACAAAAGUUGUGGCCACGGCCUGCCAAUAAUCGAGAGAGCGAUUGAGCGUGUUUUAGCAGGUGAAAGAAGCCUGCUCAAAAAAUGCAGAAACUAUCAAAGGAAAUUGUUCCUUUCUCGAAACACAAAGCUAACUAUAUACGCCACCGAGACAUACGUACAUACAACACUCAGCAAUGGACUAUGGUUUAGCGUUAGCAUUCAAAUGGUAGCUUUUUUUAUUUAAGUUGUCCACAGGUUGGACCGUUUUACUUUACCUUUUAUAGCACAUGAUCAAACAUAUUGUUAACUUGUUUUCUUUUUUCUAGUGAUUGCUUGCUAGAACAGUGUUUCUCACUCAGUUGACUGCUUAAUGAACGCAUUUAGACGAAUUUUUGCUUUUUUAUUUAUUUAUUGGUUAAAUGGAACUGUAAUAAUAUUAGCUAGUAGCAAAAGUACACUAGUUUCCAUGAUUAUACCUAUCUAUCCAAUAUUCAAAUCUAUAAUUACGAUGCAAUCGUUAACCAAAAGCUUCGCUUUGUUUAAGCUAUCGCUUGAACAAUGUGAAAAAUCACCAUUUUACCAAAUUCAACUUUUGAUAAAAGUACCUUAUUAGGCACUAUAAAGCUAUUAUAAAUUCUUAACAAUAGUCGAACAAAUUUCAAGAUAAAAACUGCCAAGAAGCAGAACGGCUCAAUCGUUGUGCGCUAUUAUUAAUUAUCAACUUGGCGGACAAUAAACGCAUGGUGCAGCUUAUAUAUUGUUUUGUUUUGUAAGCUAAAACAUGAAAUAAAAAGCAAGAAAGUUAUUCAAUUUUAA